UUGUAACUCCCUCAUAGUUAUAUGCAGCUUGACGUGGACGUGCAUGAAAAUGGCUGGACAACAAAGACACAGCUCCGUUUAUAAGCUGGCCAGAAAAUUCUGUGCUUUGCAGCGAUUUUCAAAGAUAGUGGAAAUUAUCCCUUCCUACAUCCUGAGAGGUUUUUUUAAUAUUUCUUUUUCUUUUUCUGCUCUUUUCGAUAAGAGUGAGGAAUAGGAUAUGGAACUGAUCAUCGGUCUCUGCCUGUUAGCGCCGCUUUUAUUCCUCUAUACCCCUCUCAGGCGCUUCAUCGGUUUAAAUGCAUCUGAAUAUCCACUUCCUCCAGGCCCAACAUUACUUUCCGGGCCGUUUCCGGAGAAAGAUAUCGCCAAAACAUUUCAGAAAUGGAAUAAAAAGUAUGGCCCCAUAGUGAGCGCAAAGAUUGGAGCCCAGCAAUUUAUCAUCCUGGGGAGUCGUCGAGCAGCCCAAGACCUACUGGAGCGACGAGCAAGUAUAUACAGCUCGCGUCCCGCGUCAAAGUUCUUGGAUAAGUACUUGCACAAGGGACUGGCAUCUGCUUUCAUGCCAUAUGGUGCCCAGUGGAGACUUCAUAGACGGCUGGGCUCGUCACUCCUCAGUGAAAGGGCGUCUACUGCCUAUCGUCAACUCCAGGAUUUCGAGAGCAAGCGACUUCUUCAUGAGUUCUUAUCCACGAAUGAUUUUUCAGAGGCCUUCCUCAGCUACACCUCGGACAUCAUGUUCACGCUUGUAUACGGAAAAGGGAGAGGAAAGGAUGAUAGCGACCAUAAGAUGUUAUAUCAAAUAAAUGAAAUGGCCACAUUCGUUCUUCAGAAAGCUUCUUUUGGAACGAUUUUGCUUGACCUGUUCCCCAUGCUUGACUGGCUCCCACAUUGCUUCUUGACCUGGAGAAAGAAGGCAGAAGAGCUUCAUUAUAAGACCAAAGAAGUUUAUACCGAAUGUGGCAACAUUGCGCUUGGGGGCGACUGCUGGAACUGGAGUCAUGAGGUCUCUCAGAGAAGCGAAGCUAAAGAGCUCCCCUGGGAAGAUGUCUGCUACGCCCUGGGCGAACUUUACGUAGCCGGAAUCCAUACGACUAAGAUGGUCUUGGAGAUAUUGAUUAUAGUAUGUGUACUCCACAAAGAGGUGAAACAAAAAGCACAAGCAGAGCUAGACUCCGUGGUCGGCGAGGACCGAUUGCCGUCGCCCGACGACCUUGAAAACCUUCCAUACAUCCGGGCAAUCGUCUCUGAACUCCUUCGCUGGCGCCCUAUCUCUCCAAUUGGGGUUCCUCACGCGGUCAUACAAGACGACGAGUACAUGGGCUACCGUAUCCCUGCCGGUGCGACGGUAGUCGCAAAUCAGUUUGGGAUGAACAUGGACGAGGCGACUUUCGACAAUCCCGCAACCUUCAAUCCUGAUAGAUAUCUCAACAACCCAGAUCUUCCUGUCUCCGCUUUUGGCUUUGGCCGGAGAAUUUGUCCUGGUCACCGACUCGCACGGGGCAGCCUACUGAUCGUUACUUCACGUCUGCUCUGGGCUUACGAUAUCACAUCUGCACAAGGGGACGCUGAUAUUAGCGACGAAAGCAGCCCCUCUUCCGUCAAAGCCUUGUUUCAACCAAGGAGCUCAAAGCACGAGCGGGUAAUCAAGAAAGAGUGGGAGGAUACCGACAAAGACGAAAAGCGAAUCUUGGAGAGGAUCCGACACCGUAUCUGAUGCAUGGAAAUCUAUCUACACACAGAA